AUGGGACUUGUUGUCAAAAAAGCUCUAGACCGCGUAGUGGGCAGAGCGACACAAGGGCGCGACGCGAGACUCACGCUUGAGGAUUUGUCCGUCGCGAGCUAGUAGGAACGAACACGUUGGUAGCAAUCUUCGAGGGGGGUUCUGCUCAGACUAACUGCAAACCAAAUUAGCAUACCCUAAGCAGUAAAAAAAACCUCGUUCUGUGUAACAGACCCCCGGAACUUACACACCGAACAAAUGAGGACAGCUCAGAAACAUGUAAACUACCCAAGUCGUAUACCCACGAACGUACUGAAAGAGCUGAAGCUGCUUCAGAUCCUGGUGGUGCUGGUGAUGGCGUAAACACCUCGAAAUUUCGACACAAAACGCGUCAGAUUGAUCGUAGCAGUGGGCACUUUAGUACCUAUGGCAUAGUUGUAGGAAGAAAGGAACUAGGAGAUCAGUAGCGCCCCGUAUGGGGUGGACGUGGACGUGGACGCUUCGCACCUGUCAUGAAGGAAACCUGGGAGUCUGGGACACGAGGUGAUGUGAUGGCCAUGGGGAGCUCGAGGGAGAUCAGAGGAAACGGGUUCGCUUGUAUCUGGAAACGUCGUAUUAAUCAAUUCAGAGGUCGUGGCACAGAUUUGAAGUGGAUUGAAAGAAUCAUGGCGCACACUUCCGGAAAAUUCCUGAUGACCUUGGGUUUUGAGGUGGAGGUGGUUGAGAGAGUUGAGGAAGGAGCCACUGAGUGA